AUGAAUAAAGGAUUUUCAUUAGCUCUUUAGGGUAAAAGUUUUCCUUCUUUUAAGUAAGAAGAUGAAUUAUAUGCAGGAGAUACUAUCAAUCUCUUUUUCGAAUUUCCUAAUGGCAAAGCUAUCAAAUUAUCAUUUAAGUAAGGAUAAGAUGUAGAAUGGGCAAAAAACGUGGUUUAAGAUAGAACUGGAUUAAGUCGCUCUGACUUUAAAUUGUUUUUCGAAAAUAAAUAAAUGAUUGAAAUACUUUCAUUAAGUGAUAUACCUAAUCUCAAAGACGGUAGCAAAGUUUAAGUAGUUGUAAAUGAAAAUGUAGAAUUUAAUUUUGAUUAAAUAGCUUGA